AGGCGGCGCUGACAGUACCAAGAGGCUCUGGACUGGGAAAAGUUUAUCCGUGAUUAGUAUCCAUCGAAAAGGAGGGAGAAAGCAGGCAUGGCAACCCAGGCACAGCAGCCCCCACAUCUGCACCUGGCUGAGCUCACCGCGGCGCAGUUCCUCGACAUUUGGAAACAUUUCGACUCAGACGGAAAUGGUUACAUUGAAGGGAAGGAGCUGGAGAACUUCUUCCAUGAGUUGGAGAUUGCACGGCGAGGAGCGGGCGUGGAUCCCUCACAUGCAGCGUUCAAAGAGAAGAUGAAGGAGUUCAUGGCAAAUUUUGACAAGAAUGCUGAUGGGAGAAUUGAGAUGUCAGAGUUAGCUCAGAUUCUGCCCACAGAGGAGAACUUCCUGCUCUGCUUCAGACAGUUUGUGGGAUCCAGUUCUGAAUUCAUGGCUGCGUGGCGGCGGUAUGACACUGACCGUAGUGGAUACAUCGAGUCUAACGAGCUGAAGGGCUUCCUGUCAGACCUGCUGAAGAAGGCCAACAGACACUAUGAUGACAAGAAGCUCAACGAAUACACACAGACAAUUUUAAAGAUGUUUGAUCUUAAUGGCGAUGGUAAGCUGGGGCUUUCGGAGAUGGCAAGACUUUUGCCUGUGGAGGAAAAUUUUCUGCUGAAGUUUCAAAGCAUCAAGCUCAAAGCCGAACAGUUCGAUGCUCUCUUCACCCUCUACGAUAAGGAUGGUAAUGGCUACAUUGAUGAGCAGGAGCUGGAUGCUUUGCUGACGGAUCUCUGUGAGAAGAACAAAAUGGACGUGGGCACGUCUGGGUUAGUGGGCUACAAGAAGAGCAUCAUGGCCCUGUCCGAUGGAGGGAAGCUCUACCGCACCGAGCUGGAGAUCGUCCUCUGUCGGGACCCCACGCUGUAACCUCCUGCCGUUACCCCCUUUGCCUCUGUCCUACCUCUUGAUGUAACCCGGUGCAUGUAUGACCCUUGCUUCUUGAAACCACUUAGAGUGAAAAUUAACAUGCUGUUGAAAGCACAAGCAUACCACUGGCUCUGCUGUAUUAGCCCUUUUUUCUUUUCUUUUUUUUACUUUACAUACAUAUCCAUAGUGAGGUAGUCAUAAAAAAAUGACCAUAGGAAUAUAUUGUGUAGAAUUCCGUCCCAUUUCUAUAAGCACUGAAUUUUUACAUUUUUCUCAUCUCAAUGUUUGGUCUCUACUUCCCAUGUACACACGUCUCACUUCAACAUCAUCUGACUUUUGUUUUUUUGAUGAGGCUUGUACUGUUCUAUUAAAGAUACUAUUGAAGGAAUGAAUAAAUAUAUCAUACAUUUAUGAAGACAA